AUCACUUACUAAUUAUUUCCUUAAACCACCACGUAUCUAAAACUGAUAAGUAUAAGAUAAAUUCUAUAGCCAGACGAAUAGACUCUUGAAAUAACAUUUAAGGAAGACUGGUAGCCCCUCGUGCUACAAUGUAAACAAGACUAGGGAAGGAGAAGGAGCUGCCAGCCUACGUCGAGUGAAUUUCUUCUAUCCUCAGUAUUUGACGAAGACAAGAUGAAGAAAAAGGUGUUGCUGAUGGGUAAGAGUGGGUCCGGGAAGACCAGUAUGAGGUCUAUCAUAUUUGCCAACUACAUUGCCCGAGACACCAGUCGCCUUGGAGCAACAAUUGAUGUCGAGCACUCCCAUGUACGCUUUUUGGGCAACCUGGUACUGAACUUAUGGGAUUGUGGAGGGCAAGAAGCAUUCAUGGAGAACUACUUUGCUUCUCAGAGAGACAACAUCUUCAGAAAUGUUGAAGUGCUCAUUUACGUAUUUGAUGUAGAGAGCCGGGAAUUGGAGAGAGACAUGCAUUACUACCAGAGCUGCCUGGAGGCCAUUCUGCAAAACUCGCCAGAGGCUCGUGUCUUCUGCCUCAUACACAAGAUGGAUCUGGUCCAGGAUGAUCAGAGGGACAUUAUCUUCAGGGAGAGGGAAGAAGAUCUGAAGCGAUUAUCGAAGCCACUAGAAUGUGUCUGCUUCAGGACCUCAAUUUGGGAUGAAACUCUUUACAAGGCCUGGUCAAGCAUUGUCUAUGAACUUAUUCCAAAUGUCAAGGAGCUGGAGCAAAACCUGAAGGACUUUGCCAACAUUAUUGAUGCUGACGAAGUUUUGCUGUUUGAGAGAGCGACAUUCCUGGUCAUAUCUCAUUACCGCAUGAGACCUCACAGGGACGUUAACCGCUUUGAGAAGGUCUCCAACAUCAUCAAACAAUUUAAGCUCUCUUGCAGCAAGUUAGCAGCACACUUCCAAAGCAUGGAAGUGCGUAACUCCAACUUUGCCGCCUUCAUUGAUAUCUUCACCUCCAAUACAUACUGUAUGGUCAUAAUGUCUGAUGCUUCAAUAC